CUUUUAUUAAAAAAGAAAAAAUAAUUGUAAUGACAAGUAAAUGUGAAGGAAAUCAUUUUUGAUAAAUUUUUAUGUUUUUUUAAGCUCAAAGAAGAAAUGAAAUUUUCGUGCGCGACUUUCUUCUUUACACUCACGAUUGCCGCGCAAUUACAAUGCAUACAUACGACCGUCAGCGAUGAGCUCGUGCAAUACAAGCGAACGCUGGACGAAGCCACCGAUGCUUUGCAAAAUGUGGAAGAGUCACCGGCGCUAAGCGGUAAUAUCGAAUUGCAGCGACAACGCCGAAAGUCGAUCGAUGAUCUGCUACAAAACUCAGACAUCGAUUUAAAUUUGGAUUUAGAGCGCGAGGCGCUUAAUUUAGACCAAGAUAUGACACAUCCCCUGCAGGAACGUGACGUCAAACAGGACAAUAAGAAGAAUAAGGAUGAUUUGGCAAAUAAACACAAUGUGAACGAUCAGUUGAAUGAUCUGGUGCGGUCCAAUUCGAAUUUUCAAAAUAUGCAUAGAAAAUUGUUGAAUAGUUUUCACAAUAGCCAAAGCAAUUUGAAGAAUUUCAAUUUGGACGAAAUGUUACAGAAGCAACGAAGCUCCGAAGGUAAAGGUUCGAAGAAUUCAAAUAGUAGUAGCAAGGAAGAGAAAGAAAAGAAUACUGGUAAGGACAAAGAAUCGAAUGAUUACAACAAUGCCAAUAAAAACAAUCAACAUAAAAAUUCCAAUAACGGUGCAGGCAAUACAAAUAAGGACAGCUACCUAAACAGUAACAGUUGGAAGUCGAGUUGGAACGAUAAGGAUAACUUUAAUACUGACAUGGACUUUGGUAAAUCUGGUUCCAUGAAUGCACCGUACUCGCAGACAUUCUCCAAAUUUGACACUAACAGUUUCAAUACAAAUACAAAUAGUCAUAAAAGUGGGUUUAGUGAUGGUUCAAGUGUGUUAACCAAAGCCUACAUUAGCUGUAAGCCGUCAUCGAGCAAUGCUGGGCACGGUAAAAGUGAUAAGGCCUACUUUGAAUUCACUUCCAAUCUCCAGAAUCCAGCACCUAGUAAACCGAGCAGUCCAAAGAGCAAUUUGAAUACUUUUUUACUACUCGAAGCGAAUAACUACCGGAAUGCGUUACAGUCGAAGAACAUGGACAACCUGGAAGAAUUGAAUGAAAAAAAAGUCGAUCCCGAAAUGCGUAGAAUGAUGGAGAAGGUUGAGUUUCCACAUUUAAAGUUAGAUUUUGAUACACAAAUGGAGGAUUUCCAGAAGUCCAGAACGAAGCCAGACGCCGAGGAUGAUGACGAACCCAUCAGUUAUGAGAAAACAAUUGAAAAUAUACAUUUUCCUAGUAUAGUUAACGAUCAAUUCGAUUUGGCACGCAACGAUUUGUCGCACGAAGCCGACUAUAAACUUUCAAAAAUCGAACAAGAACAAUCAGAACCACGUAAGGGACAUGCACGUGGUAGCGAAGGACUUAGUGGCUUGCAGAGCUUUAGCGGUAAAAUGAAUAUACCUUCGAAGCGGAGUGCAGGCUUCAAUGCCAUGGAUGAAAUAAAGCUAAAGACCAGCACACGCUUAAUGGCUAAAGGUUUGGGUCCUUCAUUGCCCAGUUAUGCGCUCACCGAAACGCAGCAGGAACUAAAGUUGGACGAUGUAGUAAAGAAGUUGGAGAAGAGCUACGCGUCGGAAAACCCCCAUAUUGGUUUAAGUGAUUACAGCAACUCACGUAGCACGAGCCGAUUAUCAAAAGACGAGCUGGAUUGGCAAGACCGUCUAAGGCAUAUGGAAGAAAUCGAGGAGCGUUCUUAUGAAAAGUUACUUAAUGAGGAACCAGAAACCUCCACCGGCGAUAGUGACACAAAAACUAAAACCGAAGAUAUUAUAUUAGGUCCGACGUAUACUAUAUUACGUCGUAGGCGUACAAGUGCGCAGCCAGACGAAGAAGAGGAGAGUAACCUCUUAGAUUUAUUGCGCACUAAACGGGUCACCAAAAAUCCAAGCGACGAUGGUAAUGUGCAUUCACGAAUUACAGAAAAAUUAAAGCCAAAUGAUUUAUUAGUGGAUCGAUUGCCAGACCUUAGGCCCGUCAGUAGCAAUAAAGCGUUAGCUGAUGAAGUGUCUGUACCGAUAGAAUCAGCUGCUGAAGAACCGUCACAGGAAGACGCAGCAGCAGAUGAUGUAGAUGCCGAUUCAGAUCAACUCGAUGAUAUGGAUGAUGCACAGUUGGUCGAUGAUAACCAAGUAUUGGCGGGUGAAAAUGUUGGAAACUCACAUACCAAACGUUGUGGCGAACAGGAGGGUAAUUAUAAGACUACCGAAGAUAAAAGUACGCGCGAUAAGGAUAAUGACGUGAAACAUGAAAUGACGAUAUUCAAAUUCAAGCGUGACAUUAAUAAAGAUGAGGACUCCAACGAACCGAAGCGGCAAGUUAAGCGUAUUGGUGUAGUCAAUGAGGAUGGCGAAAUGACUGCCGUAAAGGAAGUCGAUUUAGGAGGACUGCUUGAUCUUAUGACGUUGGACAAUCUCAUGUCUAAGCGAGAAAGCCAUGAAAAAGAGAAUAUAAAUGCAGCUGAGGAAAAUAGUGUAGCAGCAACAGACAAGUUGACUUCAAAAGGUGAUCCAAAACAAAAAGUAUUGUGCAGACGCAGACGUGAAAUAGAUGUUUCUAGAAAGGAAGUUUUCAACGAUGACAGUUUACAUGUGUUGAAUGGUUCUGAAAGAAGACGACGUUCACUCAAUAGAAAUGAUAAACUACGCAUUAGAAGAGAAGCUGAAAAGACAAAGGAGAGUGAAGAGAAAAAAGAUAAAGAGAAGAUAAAAGGAAAUGUGGAGGCAAAAAAGAACAAGCCAAUAGAUGACGAAAAGGACAGUGCUAAAAAGUUAACGCGAGGUGAGGUAAAAGAAGAGAGUACGCCUGAGCAUUUGAUGGACAAGCGGCACACACAAGCUGUUGACCCCAUCGAUGAUAAUAAUGGCGAUAAUCGCAAGGUGGUACACACUGAAUUGUUAAUAAACGAUGACGGAAAUUUAAUACCGGCUGAGCCUUUUGAAAGGCGCGGGAUGCCGUCAAGAAGCGAUACGCUUAACGAUGCAGCCGUAAUAGCGGCGGACAGAAAGGCCAUGAACGCUGCCAGAGCGACUUAUGCGAGAAAUGCUGAAAGAGCUGGUAACUAUAUUGAUGCGCGCGAAGAUAACUACGGCGAUUUAAUGGAGCGGUUAAGACGACUGUCGCUGCGUAAUCGUGUACAUGAACCGGAACAGGAAAAUGAUUUUAGCAACUCUGUUAGUGAGUUUGGCAAUCAAAAAUUUGAUAAUCUCAAACAGAUCGAUCAAGAUGCCCGUAAUUUUGAUGGGAUGCCUGUCGACAACCUUUGGUAUGGCUCCGAUCCAUGGGAGGAAGAUCAGGAUAAUAACAAUCAGCAAGCUAAAACUGAUGAUACCACAAACAGAAAUCAGUCAAACCAACAACACUCGGCGCUGAUUUUAAAGAUCGAAGAUGGUGCGAUCAAAAGUAUUGAAAGAAAAGAGCAGCCGAGCAAGCAGAAUGAAGCGGGUGUGGUAAAUGAGAAAAUAGGGAAUAGCGAGGAAGAAGAAGCGGGUGGUGGUGAUGACGCGGCGUUCGGUUGGUUUGGAAAUAGUAAGAAUAAAGACGCGGCAAGUUGCAAAGGGGAAGACAAUGGUUUAGUAUUGCAAUUGAAUGAUAAGAUGCUCAACUGCACCGCAUUCAAUACUUUGGAGAGUUUUCUUAAGUCCGUACAGCAGCAGCAAAAUAGAGCUGAUGGUAGCAGAGGUGGCGGUAACACUUCAAACAGAGGUGGUAACAAUUCAAAUGGAGGCGGUAAUAGUUCAAAUGGUGGUGGUAUCACUCAUACCAACAAUAAGAAUGAGAACUGCGGGGAGCAAGCCAGACACGGUGGUCAUAGCGGACAGUUAGGUGGUGGUGGUGAGCAAAGAAAUGGUGGUUAUGGAGCAGGAGACAAUCGACCUUUCGGAAAUGCGGGUGGUUCGCAUGACAAGUUUGGGCAUGGAGGUUAUGGAGAUCGAGUAAAUGGUAAUAGUGGAGGUGCUAAAAGCGGUGGAAGCAACACUGGUGAUGGUGGUGGAAAUGGUUUUGGACCUGCUGGCAGCAACUGUGGAACGAAGGGCACCGACGUUACAAUGCGUCCACUAGGUUCAAGUGGGCAGAAAGCCAUGAAGCUGAACAUCACUAUCAAUGCGAGCGUUAUGGGGGACCAGAAGGCGAAGAAUUUUUUCGGCAAUGGCACGAUUAAAGUGCAGAGUGAAGAUCGCGAACGACGUGGCAUUUCGUUUCCACAAUUCGAAGCAUUUAAACGUUACACAACGAAGCGAAAGUGCGCGAAGCCGAAGGCGAGUUGCGAUGAAAAUAAGGUAAAUGGGAAGGGCUCGUUGGAACUUGUCAAAUCUAUGUUCAAUAUGGCGAAAUGUAAUCCGCAAAUGAAACCAUUGUGGGCCGUUUUAAAGCGCAAUCAACAAUGUUUGAAGAAAAUUCCACCACAGGAUAACGGUUUUGAGAAAAUGCAAAAGGACGAUGUUAAUCAUAUCGAAGACAUGGUUCAACAAGCUAUGGAGGCCAUUAGUGAUAUAAUCGACGAUCAAGUGGAACAACGCUCUUGCAUACCACUGCCACCCGAGUUGAGAAUAUUUUACGAUGAAAUAUUGGAUAUCUACGAAAGCAAUUCGGCUGAAGGCGUAAGAGAAAAGCGUGCUAAUAUCGAUGCACCUUUUAAUGAAUUCAGCAAAGAAGUGCGUCUCAUUGACCCGAACACUGUUGAAGAACGGUCGCGUAUCGUUAAGAAACUACUGCGCCAAUACGAUGGUUUACCGAUUGAGGAUCAACAACAGAUGGUAAGCGUACGUGAUGAUCUCUUGCAGAAUCUGAACAUGUUGCAACAUAUGCAAUUGGAGCAGAUGCAUAAGAAGCGUGAGCCAAAAGAGCAGCAGCCGCAACAAGCCCAACAGCCGCAGCAAGAGCAGAAACCGCAACAAGUACAACAGCCACAAAAAGAGCAGCAGCCGCAACAAGUACAACAGCCACAACAAGAGCAGCAGCCGCUGCAGGAGGCGCAGCCGGAGCAGGAGCAAGAACAUCAGCCAGCUAUACUGCAGGUGCGAAAAGAAGACAAGGAUAUGUCAGCGGAGAUGGACAGUGAUAUGCAAGCACGGGAGCGGCGCGAAGUGUUGAAGCGCUUGGAAGUCGAGAAGGAUGUUGACGAGCAGGUCAUAAAAGCAUUCGAUCUACCGUAUACACCCGAAUAUGUACGCUUGAUGAAAGCGUCGGAAUUAAUGCAAGAACAAGAUCAAAGAGAAGCUGAGCGGAGUAGGGAGAACUGAGAAAAUGCGUCAAUUAGACAGUGUGCUAAAAUGCGUGUUGUUGCUGCAAACUUUUAAUGUGUGUCAAGUUAAAAAUUUUAUUUUUAUAAAUAUUUUAUUUCUAUUGGACAUUUUUAUUACGAUUUGAUAUUUAUAACUGUUCUAUAUGUGC